GAGAGGGUAGUAGGUGUUGUAAGGUUGUGAGUAAGGUGGUAUUUUAAAGUGUAACAGCGUUGUUUGAUUAGGAUUAGACAAAGAGCAUUAUAAGACAAGGAUCGUUGAGUUACAUGAAAGUUUCGGCCUCCAGCACAGGAAGAUGAAACCAUGGUCAAGGGUGGCGGCUCUCAUGGGGGGGUGCCAGCGGUGCUCAUCUGUCUUGGCGCUCUGCUGUGUGCCAACGUCCUCAUCUACCUCUACCUGGACUCACUAUACCAGGGCAGCAACCUGCAUGAGCACCUGUACGGGGACUGCCCUCCUGGCCACUUCAGGAUAGGGGCCAUGAGGAACUGCUCGCCAUGGCUUCAGUGCGAGGCUGUGCUCAAGGAAGUGCGGAAGCUCAAGAUGAUCAGCCAAGGGGCGGUCAAGCAGGUGUUCUUGUCAGAGUGGAAGGGUCACAAAGUCGCCCUCUCCAAGUUAUCUUCUCUGGAUUACCGGGAGGACUUCCUACAUGGACUAGAGAUGCUAAAAGCCCUGCAGAGCCCCUAUGUGGUCACUUUGGUGGGCUUCUGUCUGGACAACCAUGCCAUCGUCACCGAGUACCAGCCACUGGGGUCCCUCCUCAACCUCAACGCCGUGCUAAACCUGGAAAAGUACUCCAAUGUCAACACCUGGCAGAACCGCUUCCGGCUGGCGAUAGAAUACGUCGAAAUCCAGGCUUUUCUGCACAACAGCCCCGUGGGGGUGCGUGUGAUGUGCGAUUCCAAUGACCUGGGAAAGACUUUGUCCCAGUACCUCCUGACCACCGAUUUCCACCUGGUGGCCAAUGACCUGGAUGCUCUGCCUCUCGUGGACCAUGACGCCAACAUACUGGCGAAGUGUGGCCCCCGAGAGCUCCUGGGCGAGUUUGUGGCCCCCGAGCAGCUGUGGCCUCAUGGGGAGGAGCUGCAGUUCACAGACGGGCUCAUGCCUGGUUAUGACGAGAAGACGGAUAUCUGGAAGAUACCUGAUGUGGUGAGGUUCCUGCUGGGGCAGGUGGAGGGCAGCGAUGUGGUCCACUUUCACCUCUUCGAUACGCAUGCCGCUUGCAAAAAUAGAGACCCCUCCCAGAGACCCUCAGCCCAGGAGGUUCUCAAAGUGUACAGAACAGUUUUUGCUGCCAUGAUUAAGGACAGCCCCACUCCUCACUCAAGGGAUAUGUUGUGAAAGCAUUUUUCUUAAUUGUAUUAAAAGAUCUACCCCAAAAUGAA